AUGCGACACAUCCACGCAGAGACAUCCCUGCCCCUGGAGCACAGCACGGACCCCAGCCUGUCCCAGCCCAGUGGAGAGGCACCCUUGGAGCCUUCCUCGCAGUGCUACACCCACCAUGGCAUCCUCAUGAGCUACAAUGAAGAGAUCAAGCGCCAGAAGGUUUACCAGGUGUCCAUCUUCUCCCAUCUCUCCAGCUCCUCCGAGAGCACGGAGCAGCGGGCAGGCAGCCAGCCAGCCAUCAAGAGGGGUUACCCCGAGCAGCGAACUCUGAAGGGGGAGCAAGAUCCCAAACGAACUCACUGGGGUGGCAGGGGGGUGGAUGUCAAGUGUGAUGAGGGGCCUGGGCAGGCUACCCUGGACAAUGACGAUGCCUUUGAGGACAGUCUGCUGGUGGAAGAACUAUCUCUGUGCAGCUCUGCCCAGCACUUCUCCCACAGCGGGCUGCGGGUGGUGGAGCACCGGUGUGAGGGCAGCCCUAGUCACAGCCCCAAGGCUAGCAGAGAGGACAAGUUGCAGGAUGUCUCCUCCUCCUCCUGGCACAUUGCUUGCAGUACUUUGCACACGAGAGACGGUUGCCCUGUCUCACUGGGCGAUCAGCCCACAGACUAUGGGGAUAACAGGGAGCGGGCAAGUGGCCACAACCUACUUUACCUCGAUUUGCACAAUAUUGCACGAACUCCCCAGUUGGACUCUGGUGGGAAGAGAGAGAAGCCAGGAAGCAGCCUGGCUCACAGCAGCAGGGCUAGUGGAAAAGAGGAAUGGCCAGUGGUGGCCAACAGGUGCAAGGAGACUCCAGCUCUGCAGACAGAGCUCAGCCCUGAGCCCGGCAACCUGAGCUCCCUGGAGAAGAUGCCCUGUGGGAGCAGCUGGCUCAGUGGGAGGGGGUGCCCUGGCAAAAGGAAGCUGAUGCCCGCUGGCGAGGUUGUGGCUGACUCCUGCUUUGAGGACAAGAGCCUGUCCCCGCCAGGGAGGAAGAAGAGGGCCCUGCCAUGCCAUCCAGUGCCUGAGGCCUGCUGCAGCACCGAUGCCAAGGGGGCACCUUUCUGGAAUCACCUGCUUCCCAUGGCCAAGAGCUCUGCAGAUUGCACUCCAGUCGGGAGGAGGCUGAAGAGCAGGCUGCGCCUCAAAUCAUGAGUGCGAUAUCUCUGGAGCAGCCUCCAGAGGGGUACCAGGUCCUCCACAACGCCCUGGGACACCACCACCAUCAGCCAUGCUCUGCUGGGCAACUUUGAGGAGUCCAUCCUGAAAGGGCGCUUUGCAUCAUCAGGGAGGAUCGAGGGGUUCACGGCAGAGAUCAGUGCCAGUGGCUCCUACUGCCCCCAGCACGCCACCCUGCCCGUUGAUGUCACCUACUUCGACAUCUCUGAACAUAGUGCACCCUCGCCUUUCCUG